AUUCCCGCCGACACCAUCGUGGCCAUCGUCGCCAUCGUGACCCAAGCGUGCAUGUACGCUGAGGCUGGUACACUCUGUACUCUUCCUCUGCUUUCUCCUGCAUGGCAUGGUUCUCCUCGCCAGUCGUGGUGGUCCUCCAGUCGGCUCGCGCAAAUUCCGCACGAGCAAAUUCCGCUGUAUUGGACCAGAGACCAGACCAGACCAGACCGGCCUGUGCUUUACGCAUCGUGCAUUUUCCACCCCGGCUACCUAGCAAAACCCCCGAUCCCCGCAAAUACGGGCUCGGCAGCUUCCGUUGGGCGUACACUAUGUGCUGUUUGUUGCAAGCAAGCAAGCAGACUUGAUCUGUCGGGAUAUCUUUCAAUGUCGGUCGUUCGGUUGGUUCGGUUGAAAGCCGUGCCGUUGAAAAGUGGAAGGUCGGUCGAGACCGCGACCUCUAGAAAGCCGAAAUGGAUACUUGCAAUGAUAAUGUCAUGCAUGAUUAAAUGUUUGUUGCAUCCAUCCAGGUGUACCCGUCGACCCGUCGACCCGUCGUAAGCUUGCAAGGAGUGUAGAGGUAUUUAAAGAAUGGCCGGGUCUAGAACUAUGCUAGACCGUC